ACCUCAUUGAUCUCCUUGCCAGAGCUGCCAUUUCUUCGUUAGCCGAGCCGUGCAGAGGGAGACAGUGUGUUUAUAGUUCUCGUUACUCAGGCAUAUGGCAAACGCAGCCUCUUUUCUUUCUUAUACCAGUGUCCCCACCACUCUUUAAAAAUUCCGCCGAAAAAGAGAAGACGAUUUUCCAAAUCUUUCAGGCCGUUAUCUCACGGCUCCCCUCUUUCUGUGCAAGUGUAUAAGAGGUACCCAGAAGGCCUAGGGGAGGCGCUCUACCGCGAGCAGUUCGACUUCAACGCCGAGCCACCUUGGGAUCCUAGUUGAUAGCGGGAGAGGUCCAUCUCCCAACUUGUCCAUUUUGUUGCAUAUUUACAGGACCCCAAAGGCUCAGUAAACUCUCUUUAUGAUUGUCGGAUCUGCGGACUACGGUUGAGAUGAAAGGAUUUAUUGAUGAACCAAACUACAUCGUUGAGCUGCUUGAUGGAGGAACAACCCUUGAAGAUGUCAUUGACAACCACAUUUACGAACAAGCUCUGGCUGAAAAGAAUGCAUUUGUUGUGGCCAACCUUGGGGCCUUGAUGCAGCAGCAUGUUCUUUGGCAGAGCACCCUGCCUCUGGUCCGACCUUUUUACCCAGUCAAAUGUAACGGCAGCCCUGCAUUCAUCGAGGUUCUGGCUGCACUGGGAGUUGGUUUUGUCUGUGCAAAUAAGGCUGAAAUCUCCCUGGUACUCAACCAUGACGUCCCCCCUGAGAACAUCAUCUUGUCGGGUGUUUGCAAGCAGCUCUCGCACAUUAAACAUGCUGCCAAAAAUGGCAUCAACUACCUGGUGUGUGACAACGAGGCAGAACUUUGUAAAAUUGCCCGUGCUCACCCAAAUGCCAGGCUGCUCCUGCAGUUGUCCACUGAAGCUCAGACAGAGGAGGCCAGCAUGGCAUUUGGCUGCUCCCUGAAGAGCUGCAGGCACCUUUUGGAAACUGCCAAGGAGCUGGGCAUGGAUGUGGUUGGAGUAGCGUUCCAGGUACCAACAUCAUGUAAGGACUCCCAGGUUUAUACCCAUGCAUUGUCUGACGCCCGUUGUGUAUUUGAUAUGGGGGAGGAGCUUGGUUUUAAUAUGGAAAUUCUGGAUAUUGGCAGUGGAUUCAGUGGCUCUGAGUUUCAGUUGAAGCAGGUCCAUGCUGCUAUCAGACCUUUGCUGGAGGCCUAUUUCCCUGUUACGUCUGGGGUGCGUGUUAUUGCUGAGCCAGGAACUUUUUAUGUGUCUUCCUCUUUCACCCUGGUUGUAAAUGUCAUUGGAAAGAAAGUGGUAGCCAGCGAUCUUCAUGCAGAGCCAACUCUGAAUGAUGACCCGGAAUUUUUGUACUAUUUGAAUGAUGGUGUCUAUGGAUCUUUUGUGGGCAAGCUGUUAGGAAGCACCAUUCCAUCCCCCACAGCGCACAAGAUGUCCCUCACAGCAGAUGAGCCAGUGUUCUCUAGCAGCUUGUGGGGUCCGUCCUGUGACGCGUUGGAUCAGGUGGUGGAGCGCUGCCUUCUCCCUGAGCUCGCUGUGGGAGACUGGCUGAUCUUCAACAACAUGGGGGCCAGUGGUCAAGAGGAGUCAGCAGCCAUCAGUAACUCAGACAAACCUCCUGUGUAUUACACAAUUUCUACAGGCGACUGGUUUGAGAUGCAGGAGGCUGGAAUUUCUCUUGACACCACCAUGAAGAACUUUUCCUUAGUCCAGUGUGGCUUGUAGUUGAAAAACCUGACUCCAACACCUAACCUGGGCAUUUGAAUGGCCUGCGCAGUGAACAUUCCAGCAGCUAUGGGUGGGGACAAUAACGCUUAGCCACUAGAAAAGGAAAAAGACCAGUGGCAUUGGGAUCACAAAAUAAUUGUCCUUAUCUCAGUUUCUCACAAUUUACUGAUUGAAAUGCUCAUUUCCCUUGACCACCAAAGGAAUGAGUCCAGGAGCCCCGUAUUUAGUAAUAACAUAUGCAACAAAAUGGAUGACUAUGGAGAUGGAAUCCAGUCAUUGGUUUUCUUAAUCAAAAAUCGUUUACAUAAGUGUUCAAUUAAUUUAAUUAUAUAUUGAUUACCUGCUGACAGUCUUGUAAAUGAGUUGUCUGUUGCACCAUUAUGCACUUGUCUAUAUUAAAAUCAGAUGUGAUUUUAAUGAGUUUAGAAUAUAGAAUCAGAUGAAUUACGACCCAUUGUGUAGAUUAACACAGUGAAAUUUUGAUAUUGAUUUGUUAGAUCAAUGCUUCUCCAUCCUUGUUGACCAUGAGUUUAUAGAACUGUGGAGGAACAUCUUUCGUUGUAUCCUCAGUACAUGGAUUGUGGCAGUAUUUCCCAAUAUUGAUAUGUAUUUCAUGCUGUCCAUUGGCUAUGUGUACUGUGAUUGACUUUGCGACCUGACUUUUGGUAAGAAAGCUAUAGGGUCGCACCUGUAGAUUACUCUCUGUCUUUUCCGGUACAAACACCAAGGACAUUAAAGGAACCUCCUCAAACUGGGACUGAGGAAGGUGACUUAAGAUGAAAUUUGGUUUGUGGAAAGUAAUUUCAAGGAAAAUGUGCAAGUGCCUGAGGCAAUGUGCUGAAAACACCAGUAACAGUCACCAUAAAUGCUGCAAGAUUCACACUAUUGAUCUCUGACAGCUUCUCUCAGGCUUUUCCUCAUAAAUAGCUGUUCUAAAGAUUUGAUCAUAUUUUUCAUUGUGAACAACACUGAUAGACCUAAUGGCUUUGUAAUGUCUUAAUGGGUGAAUGAGAUGUUUGCCGAGUUUAUAUGAAAAUUGCUGAAAAGUGUUUUAGGAACAGCAGUUAUCUGUUCCUGUUAGAACAAGGUUGCCAUAUCAGGUCUAUUUUUUCAUUUUAGUGCAAUGAAACUUAUGAUCAUAUCUUGCAGUGCUGCUUACCUUCUGAAAGGCGUCAUUUAAUGCCUUUUGAUUUCAAGAUUUAUCUAAAUCUCCACUCCAGUUAAUAAAAUCACACCCCUUAGCGAUGUAAUGUAAAAUAUUUUUGUCUAAGGCACUUACGGACCAUAGCCUGUUUUUGACUGUAAUAUUGUGUUUGUUGAAGUAAUGAAAAAUAUUAACUUAAUACACUUCUUUGACUGAAAUAA